AUGUACAGAGGACGAGAAGAGUACAAGUACACUGCAGAUGAAGAGGAGGGCCACAAGGUUGGAUUCCAAGAGUCAGAUAUCACAAAGGAAAUUGAACAAGCCUUCCAUAUCUCUGAUUACUCAGUUGAGGGCUCAAUUCGGUACAUUAAGAAGUUAGCAGUCAAGAACAAUAGAUUAUGGAUAUAUACCAACGAUGACAAGCUGUUUACCAUGAAGCUAGGGGAAAUCCCUGAUGAGAUUAAUACGAGCAAGAUCAAGAAUCACACCUUGCUGUUCAUCCAACCUGAUGACAAAGGAGUUCACUGUGUCAUUGGCGCAAAGUCAGAGAAAGGCAAGCAUGAGCUUUUCUAUCUAUCCGAAUUGGGCUCACUGAGUAAGAUCGCCUCAUUUGAUUCCUCUGAGGAGAUCUCAUGCUGUACCGUCGUCAGCCCAGAAGAGGAUAACCCUGAAGGAAGGAUCUUUGAAGUCCUGUUUGGCACAAACCUUAGCACUAUCUUUUACGGAAGAUUUAUAGCUGAGAAGAAAGGGAGUAUCAAAACUGAUAAAUCUAUUGGAGAAGUAUACGAAAUCAACCCCAAAAGAAGAAUUUAUGAUAUCUGUACCUUCAAAACUGAAGAGGAGAGGGGAAUAAUUGCAAUUACUGACAUCUCCCUCUACCAAUUCUGGGGAGCUGUAAGUCUCCCUAUUCCUGACAUUUUUGCAAAGAGCAAAAAGGAGCUCAGCAGAGUCCAGAAUUCCAUUAUUCAUGAUACUCUGAAGGACCAAAGUGGGUUCCAGAACUCUAGAGAUAUUAGACUUAGAUUCCAGCCAUCCCUAAGUAUUCAUGAGAACCUGGAUGAGACAAUCCACUCAGUCGGAUGGCAGUCAGACUCCUGCUUCUAUUGCAUAGAGUUCAAGGAUAACCUCCGAAACAGUGAGAGUGCCAUCGUUAGGGAGAUGAUUAAAGUCUAUAAAUAUCCUGAAGUCCAAGGCUCAAGGUACGGAAGUUCGACUGAUUACCCACUCAAUUGUAUGGUGACGAAAUGGCAUGUGAUUUUCCUCAUGGAGACCUCCAUCAAUAUUUACUCUAAGAUCACUAAGAGAAUAGUGUCAACCAAUAAUAUCGGAAAUGGAGCAGCAAUGCUAGGUCUCUGCCAUGAUAAUUUAAUUCAGAAUGUCUGGAUGCACUCUAACAGGAAGAUAUACUACUUGGAAUACGACCAUGAGAACAACAAUAUCUGGAUUGAUUACUUCAAAAUUAAGAAAUACAAGGACGCAGAUAAGCUAUGUCAAGAUCCAAAAUACAAACCGCUCAUUGCAGGUUGUGUGGCUGACCAAAUCUUUGAGUCCGGGAAUUACACCAGAUCUGCAGAAUACUAUGCUAAGUCAAACAAGAGUUUUGAAGAGGUGACUCUAAAGUUUCUUAACAACAAUCUUCAUCAGCAUUUAUGUACAUAUCUAGAGUUGUUCCUGAAGAGAAUCAAAAUAUUAUCCACCAGGAAUCCACAUAGAGAUUAUAAGCCACAGAAGAUCCUGCUCUGAACUUGGAUCGUUGAGCUAAAGCUCAACGAUAUCAACAAGAUGAGGAUCAAAGCUGAUGCUGAGAAGGACGAGAAGAACGUUGCCAACCAAAAACUUUACCUUGCAGAGACAAAGAAUAACUUCUGGGAAUUUGUUGAUAACAAUUUUAACCAUAAGAAAGAGAUUGAGCAGAUCCUACUAAAUCAUGGCCAGGCUGAUGACUGUUUUCAGACUCCGAAAGACCACAUCAACAAAAAGGAAUACAGGUGAGCUAUUGAGCUCUUGACUAAGAUUGAAGAUGAAAAUGAAAGAUUCAAGCAGAUGUACAAAUACUGCUUGGUGUUCCUCCAGAAAGAACUGGAAUACACCCUUGAAACACUCAAGAAGGAAGAGUUCAAAAAUAUUGACUUCUCUAAGCUAGUCUCAAGCUUCGCUGAUGUCAGGACUGAUGACGAGGAGAAGGUAGGCAUAAUUCUCAGCUUCUUGGAAAGGUACUGUAUCCAGAGGCUUAAAUGAACAGAGAAAAGUGUCCAUAACAUGGCCUUCUAUUUCAUGACCAAGAUGAAGAGCCUCGACCACAUGCUCGGCUACCUCCAGGAUUUAGAGAAAAUCAAGGAAGGUAAGCAUAGUAUUUACCUUGACCUUGAAUAUGCUUUCAACCAGUGCCAUCAGAGCAUAAAUGACAAAAGGCAUGGCAAGUCUGGAGAAGAACUUCUCAAGAAGGGACAGAUAAUUAUCUACGGUAUUCUUGGACUCUACGAAAAGGCAGUAGAUUUAGCCCUAUCCCAGAGAGAUUUUGAAUUAGCCAAGAAAUACGCAUCAAAAAGUUUCAUUGAUACUAAACUUAAGAAGAAUCUUUGGGUAAAAAUUGCAAAGGAAAUCCUUAACAAGCAGCCUGCACUGAGAAGAGAAGGAAGUAGCCAAGAUAAUGUCCAAAAAUGCUUAGAGUUGUUAGAUGAGACAAAAGAUAUUCUCAAGGUAGAUGAUCUCCUUCCCUUCUUCCCUGAUGACACAAAAGUAGAGAUCUUGAAGGACAAGCUCUGUGAGUCUCUCAAGCUCUACAAUGAUAGGAUCUCCAACCUUAAAAAUGAACUUUCAGAACAAAGUAAGAACGCUGAAGAUCUAAGAGAUAAGAACAGGAAGUUUAAAAAUAAGUUCAUUAGUGUGCAUCCAUCACAGACUUGUGAGCUUUGCUUCACUCCUUUGCUCAAGCAGACCUUUUACGCCUUCCACUGUGGGCAUGGAUUCCAUCGAGAAUGACUAGUGGAUGAACUAGAAAGUUACGAGACAAAGAACUAUAAAUUAAUAUCCAAAGUUGACCUUCUCAAAGCAUUUUCUGGAGAAAUCAGGACAACUCAGAGUAAGGCUGAAUACUUAGAGCAAGAAGAAGGCAGCUUUGACCCACAAGAUAGAGCAAUGUCAUGGUUCACAGGUCUCACUAAGAGAUUAAGAAACUCUAUUGCUCCUGGAAGUAACACUAUGACCGAAAGGGCAACCUUAUCAGCCGAAGACCAAGACAGAGUUGAAGACCUUUAUAGUCAAAUAGACAUGAGACUCAAGGAAGAAUGCUACCUCUGUGGAGAGAUGCUGAUUGACACUUUAGAUAACGAUAUAGCUGUUGAAGAAGACGAUGAGCAGAGAGUUGGAUACAUGUACUAUGUUCAAAAGCAGAGCUGGGAGAUUGAAUAAGCAUUUCAAUACCUAA